AUGGUGGAAUAUGUCGCCUCUGCAAAUUUCAGUUUGAUGGCACUGUGCAAGUUAGUCGGUACUUGGUAUCACGGUGAAACACUUCGAACGCUGAUGAUAUCGAUCAUGACCGAUUGGAUGACUUCAACAAACAACCGGGAACGAAAUACAAUGUUAAAUAUAGCAAAACGUGGGAGAACUUUAUCUGUUAGAUGUUUUAUAACCAUGACGGGUACAGUCACGUUUUACAUAUGUCUCAACCUCCUGAAAUUCUAUCGAAAUGUGCAUCAACCUCAAAGGAAUCUCGUGUAUCGAUUUUCCUAUCCUUACAACACUCAAAAUACUCCGAAUUACGAAAUCACUUUUUUCACUCAACUUUCUGGCGGCAUGUACUCGGCUAUGAUCAACUGUACCAUCGACACUUUUAUCUCGAUACUUGUGCUACACAUAUGCGCACAGUUGAUAAAUCUACGAAUGGCACUCAACAAUCUGGUCGACGAAUUAGCCAAAGGAUCUAUAUCUUCCUCAAGAUUUAAGAAAGGUCUAAUUGCGAUUACUAUGCGUCACGAACAUCUUAUCAGGAACGCAAACACAGUCGAUGAAUGUUAUAGCGCAGUGUUAUUUGUGCACAUGUUAGCUGCUACUUUUCAGCUGUGUUUUGAAAGCUUUCAAGUUUUUACGAUAGUAACAAGUCAUUUGGGUAUACCUAUUAUCAAAAUAACCUUCCUCUCGUUUUACUUUUCUCUUGUAUUGACGCAUUUGUAUUUUUAUUGUUAUUCAGCUGAAAAACUUUCAACGGAGAGCACAAAUAUGGCGAAUGGCGUGUAUGAAUGCAAAUGGUACGAUAUACCACCAAGAGAUGCGAAGAAUUUAUUGUUUAUGAUAUAUCGAUCUACAAUUCCGCUUAAACUGACAGCUGGAAAAUUUGGAACUUUUUCCUUAGAAAUGUUCGGAACAACGGUGAAAACGUCAAUGGGAUACCUAUCUGUACUGCUGACAAUGAUGGAUUAG